AUGACAUCAAUUGCACCAGAAGUUCUUUGGGCCCAGCGCUCGAGCGACAAAAUCGCCUCUAAAAAUAUUAUCUUUUUAACGGUUCGCCUUCUUGAUCCCGAAGAUUUGAAGAUUGAUCUUUCUAGCAAUGCUUUGAAGAUCACUGCCAAGUCUGACGAUCAUGAUUACAAGCUUGAUAUUGAAUUUUUUGAUGAAAUAGAUGAGAAAUUAUCCCAUUAUCAUGUGGCAGGUUCUCAUAUAGCCUUCAUUUUGAUCAAGAAGAAGCUAGAAGUUAAAUAUUGGCCAAGACUCACCAAAGAGAAGGCCAAGUAUCACUACAUCAGAACUGAUUUUGAAAAGUGGGUUGAUGAGGAUGAGCAGGCUGAAGAGGCUCCACAGGCUGAUCAUGAUGAUAGUGAGAUGAGUGCUUUACCUGGACAGGACCAAUUUGAUAUGGCCAAGUUGGCCGAGCAGUAUGCUGGUAAGGGAGGAGCAAUGAUGGGAGGUUCUGAAUAG